AUGGCCGAGUAUGAAGGAGAAGCUGCUGCAUACGAUGAAUUCAUUGCAAGGCAUCGACUGCAGCUUUCAAACAUUCCUGAGAAACUGCAUCCUGAGCUCUUCACUAAAGUAACAAGCGAGAUCUUCGAUGCAGCUGGAUACUACAUGCUCCAGAAAACAGGGAGCUUACGUGGAGGGUUUGAUCUGGUAUUGAUUGUCGGAAAACUGGAAGCUGAGUCUGCGCUAAGUCUAAGCGAUCAUGCUUGGACUUUUACGCCUACUGUGCAGUUGCGGGAUGAGUUGGUUGGUAACUUGCUGCUGCUAGAGAGGUUGGAGUUCAUGAUGGGAUUGCCUCCUAUAGAAGAGCCCGAAGAAGAAACUGACGACGAGCCUGAAGAUGCACAGGAUCUUAUCAUGCUUGUAUCGACUCAUGCUCGUGUUAGUGAAGAGGAAGCUCGCGACGUCUUAAAGAAGGCUGAUUGGGAAGUCGUGAAUGCUCUGUCGAGUCUGGAGCAUCCAGAAGAAGAUGAUGGUGGAAUGGACUCGCUGCAUCAGCAAAUAGCCCAGCAGCUCAGUAUCAAUGGUGGUGAGGAACGUAAACCGGAUGUCAAGGAUCGUGCACAGAGAGUAUUUGACAGUAUCUGGAAGUAUGCACAAACUUACUCGGUAGCCUGGGCAACCUCAGAUAAUACCGUGAAUGUGCAAACAGUUUGGUUUAUGUGUGAUGAACUGGGGAGUGCAAUAACCCAUUCCGAAACUCCCAAUUCGAAAAUGAUUACCUUCCUGUAUUAUAAGCCUGACUCGACUGUUGGCAUCCCAUAUUCGGUGUUUUGGCUUACAGAUGAUUUAGAGUAUGGAGAUGUUAUUACACGGGAUUUCGUACCUGAAUUGAUUCCCAAAGGCCUAUCUCGUGUCGCAUACCGAAUCGCUCUGGACAUAUACCCACAAAACGAUGUCGAAGGCACACAACAAAUGCUGCGAAUGGAGCUUGCCAGAUACAAGUCUGAAGUGCCGUCUCGAAAACCGAAAGAAUUAGGAACUGUAUCGGCUCUACCAGCAGAUCGACCUCUUCGUAUAUACGAAGCAGCAACACAAUCCACUGCAUCUGAAUCAUUGGGUGAUAUUCAGAUUGUUGGUAGUCAAGGGGAGGCGGAUAUAGAUGUUGGAUUGGAUGCUACGAUGGACAGUACUCUGCUUGAUUUUGGGUUGCUAGCUCAGGCAGUGCACAAGACGCAUGGUGCUGUCACUUGGUUUCCAGCAGUUUAUUGUCUUGAUGAAUCUGCACUUCAUUUGAUUGUUGCAGACUUCAUAAAUAGGCCAAAAGACCAGAACUGGUGGACUAUGAGGACAGCAGAUAGACUAGAUGCUCCACAGUUUACUACUGAUAGCUUGCCUCGGAUUGUACGUCAAACUGAUCUUGGAGGACGAGUUGUGGCUGUUGAGUGGACAACGGACUCGGAGGUGUAUGGCUCAAGUCCAUUCAACGUGAGUUUUUCGUUUGCUAUCGUUUCGGAAAAAUCCAGCUUGGCUGUCUUCCUCGAUAUCGAUAACUUUGAUGUACGAAUAUCAGCACCAACUACAUCAUUCAUCGACCAUCCCGCUUCAGAACCAACACCAACACUGAUUCGAGACUCUCAUGGAGUGACUCAUCCCACUCCACAAAUAUUUUUGAAGAAUUUUGAAUCUACGAGGUGGAGUAUGGUGUUGGAUGAAGUUUCAGAUGCCAUCCGUGGGAUUGUACAGUCAGUUGCAUCUGAUGGGGCGAUAAGUGAAGGUAGAACAUGCGGGUUUUAUCAGAUGCAAGUUCGCAUCAAGAAGAGCAAGGGUGUUGUGGUAGAGGGGUUGAGAAGAGCAGGUGUACAGAACUGGCUGUCAUGGAGAUCACUUUAG